AUAUAAAACGGUGUUUUUGAAUCCGGAUCUAGCGCCUUCCAUUCACCUCUUCAAAAACCCUAUUUUUUAUUCAUUCUCUAUCUUCUUCUUCUUCUUCCUCCCUUUGCUUUUCUGUGUUCUCGAUUCGAUUCACCACAAUGGCCAAAGGAGCUAAGAGAAAGACCAAGCAAACUGAAGAUUCCAAACCUGAUUCCGAACCUGCUACAGCUACAGGUUCAUCGCAAGAAAACGAAAGCCAAAAUCAAAUAACCAAAGCGCCUCCCAAAGCAAAACGUGUCAAAACCUCAAAACCCCAAUCUGAGCCGGAAUAUUUUGAAGAUAAACGCAACUUGGAGGACUUGUGGGUUGAAACAUUCCCAGUUGGAACUGAGUGGGAUCAAUUGGAUUCCUUGUAUGAUAUCAAAUGGAAUUUCUCUAAUUUAGAAAAUGCAUUUGAAGAGGGUGGCUUGUUGUCUGGGAAGAAGGUUUACCUCUUUGGUUGCACUGAGCCUCAAUUGGUUAUGCACAAACAGGAAAACAAAGUUAUCUGCAUUCCGGUUGUUGUAGCUGUUGUCUCACCUUUUCCACCAUCUGAUAAAAUUGGGAUUAACUCCGUUCAGAGAGAGGCUGAAGAGAUAAUUCCCAUGAAACAAAUGAAAAUGGACUGGGUUCCGUACAUUCCCCUGGAGGACCGAGAUAGCCAAGUGGAAAGACUGAAGACUGAAAUAUUUAUACUUCGUUGCACCCAAAGAAGGUCUGCUUUAAAGCACCUGAAGUUGGAUAGACUAAAGAAAUACGAGUACUGCUUGCCUUAUUUCUAUCAGCCAUUUAAGGAAGAUGAGUUUGAACAGAGCACCGAGGUUCCAAUAAUCUAUCCAGUUGAACCAAAACCGGUCUUCUGUGAGUUUGAUUGGGAAUUAGACGAACUCGAGGAAUUCACCGAUAAGCUUAUCGAGGCGGAAGAGUUAUCAGAAGACCAAAAGGAUGCCUUCAAGGAAUUUGUCAAGGAAAAGGUUCGGGAAGCAAAGAGAGCCAAUAGAGAGGCAAGGGAGGCACGGAAGAAAGCCAUCGCAGAAAUGAGUGAGGAAGCUAAAGCUGCAUUUGAUGCUAUGAGAUUUUAUAAGUUCUACCCUGUUCAAUCUCCAGAUGCACCUGAUGUGUCUAGUGUUAAGUCACCGUUCAUAAACAGGUAUUACGGAAAGGCUCAUGAGGUUCUCUGAUUGGCUCCAAGCCAAUUAUGUCAAUUUUCCUGGCUUGUUUUGCCGAUAUUUAAUAUGACGAUGACAAGGAAGCACCUUGGUGCCCCAUAAAAUUUUCUUUACCAAAGUAACUGUCCAAAGGUUCAUAGGAUGUGAAAUUGUAAGCUCAGAAAUCCUAGAAAAGUGAACUAGGUGGUGAGGGUAAUUUAGACAUGUUUCUUGAUUCCAUUUUGUAGAGAAUUUCUGAUCAGCUUGAGCUCCAAUUCACAUUGCUCUAAGCUUGUCUUUGUAUUCUCUUAUGAGUAUUUAUUUUUACUUCGAAUUAAAUGUAUGACAGUUUUGGCUUAGAUCUAUGAUAAAAUAAUUUCUAGCUUA